AUGUCGACCGGACGCAAGGUCUUUCAUUGCGCCGUGGACGAGACGGCCUUGACCACCAACAUCAGCGAGAUCAAGAAAUGGACCACCAACGGCGCCAUCGAUCUCAUUGUCCCUCUUUACACCCUCGAACGGCUCCAUGCUCUUAAGCGGGCAGGAUCGCAAACCGCCAUCAAUGCCCGCGAGGCUGUUCGCUUCCUCGACCGAGUUACCUCUGGCAAAGACCAUAUCACCGCCGACCGUGUCACCCUGCAAGGUCCCAUGGAACAGUAUGAGCGCUGGGAGGAUGCAGAGAAAUUCUUCUUGCCCGAAUUCGAGGAGGAACCCGAGGCGAUUGACGAGGCGGAAUCUACCGAGUCCGCGCCCGAAGAAUCUCAAAGGAAUAAUGGAACCUCCGGUCAGGACGACCUGUCGCAGAUGCUGCUGAGCAAGUUGAACUUUAAGAAAGACGCCGAGGCCGCAUCUAUCACCUCGGCCGGUUCUCCCAGUGGACCAGGGUCGCGCACUUCGUCUCGCAGCUCGCGCACCAGCCCCGAGUGUGCUCAACACGAGAAUGGUACUGCCAAUAAAGCCGAAAAGCCCAAGUCCGGACACCAGCGCACCGAAUCUGGCUCUACCAUCCCAAUCGCUCCGCCCGUGUUGCGCCCUUUGCUGAGCGCGCUGCUGUGGCGUCUUCAUAGCGGUCCGGACGCCGAGAACUCCGCCAAGACCUGUAUCCUGGUGACGAACGAUCGCGCGACCCAAGUGUGGGCGCAGAAGUUUGGUAUUGGAGUCAAGAACAUUCUCCAGCUACGCACUGCAAUUCAAUACGAGGAACGCGAGUACAAGAACCGCUGCAAAUACGUCGAGAAGACCCAGACUCAACCUACGGAACAGCCCAAGACCCUCCUAUCGUACGAGGAGGACUCUGACGAGGAUGAGCUGGUUUUCGUCCCUCGUGGUGGUCGUGGCGGCAAGGGAUCUUCUUCGCGCGGUGGCCGGGGUGGGUCCUCUCGUAAGGCUGCCCCGAAAGCCGCACCGGUUGCCGUUGAGACUACUCCUAUCGAGGUUCCUACCCAGCCCAUUGAUCCGGACUCGUUCAGCCGCUCUCUGGGUGGUGCGAACAAAGCGCCAGCUACCGUGGACCUGAGCACCCAGCAGGGUGCUGCUCGUGGCAUGGCCGGGGCAUCUCGCCGUUCGGGUGGACGUCGCGGAGGGUCCACUCGUGGCCCUGGACGAGGCAGUGGCCGUGGACGGGGUAAGCUAUGGGUUCCUUGA